GGCUCAGCAUCCCGGAAGUUCAGCAUCACUUUCUGUCAGGAAGAGACGCUCCAUCGUCAGAGCUUUGACAACAGAAGCAGCAAUGACAUAAACGCGACUGAAAGCAUUCAUUUUCACUAGUGUCAACCUCGCAAACGGUAACCUGUUUUACAUCUCCAGCCAAACAAACGCCUAUAUUUGCUCGUCGUAAAUCUGUGUGUGCAUGGUUUGGUGAAGGAAGACGUCUGCUUGUAACCAUGUCAACAUCUCAACCUUGACUGAGCUCUACACUACAGUUUUUGUAUGAAGGACAGAUGAAGUGACCCGCACGCCACGAUGUCAUCCUUCCAGGUGGUGGACUCGUCGCCGGGCAGCAGCGUCAGCAUCAUGGAAACCUCCAACUUUGCCCAUGUCAUCUUCCAGAACGUGGGGAAGAGUUUCCUACCGCAGGCACCCUUGGAGUGCCGUUACACUCUGACCCCUUACAUCACCCCUCACCCUAAAGACUGGGUGGGCAUUUUCAAGGUGGGUUGGAGCACAGCCAGGGAUUACUACACCUUCCUCUGGUCUCCAAUGCCGGAAAGCUACGAACCAGGAAGCCCCGUGCACAGGACCGUGGUGUUUCAAGGUUACUACGUCCCGAAAUCGGACGGGGAGUUUUACCAGUUCUGCUACGUCACUCACACUGGGGAUAUCCGGGGAGCCAGCACGCCCUUCCAGUUUAGGCCAGCCACGCCCACCGAAGAGCUGCUCACGGUCACCGAGGAUGACAGCAACUCAGACAUACUUGUCGUCACCACUAAGACCGGCCUGCUGGAGCGUGUGGAGGAGAUGCAGCAGGAGCGCAGGGAUCUGCUGAAAGCCAUGCGUCUCCUGCAGGAGGAGAAGCAGCGGCUGCAGGAGGAGCAGAAGCGCCUGGUCAGGGAAAGGGAGCAGGAGAGGGAGACGUGUUGCCUGCUACGGACACACAACCAGGAGCUGCUGCGCUCGUCGCAGGGCCUGUCUGAGGAGAGGGAGGAGGUGCGGAGGAGGCUGACGGAGGCCACAGACCGCGUUCGCCAAUUGGAGGAGGACCUGCUGGGAGUCACCCAGAGAGGCCUCCAAAAAGAGACCGAGCUGGAUUGUCUGCGGGACCGCUUGAAGAAGCUGGUGGCAGAGCGAGACAGUUUUGAGAACCAGCUGAAAAAUGAGAAAGACGAGAGAGAUCUCUAUAAGGCUCACCUGCGCAGCACAGAGUUGGAAAACACCAAGUUGAGCGCAGAGCUUCAGAUGCUGAAGGCUGUGGAGCUGAACAGGGAGGUGACCAUUGCUCAGUUCCAGGAGGAGCUGGAGCGGCUCAGGGCCUGUGUCGUCCAACGCGAUUCUCUUGAGAAAGAGCUGCAUGCACACAAAGCUGACAAAGCUGAGCUGGCCCGUGUCCGGGAGCAGCUGCGUCAGGCUGAGGAGCAGCUCCAGGCUUCCCGGCAGCAGGCCUCCCUCCUGGCCUCCGAGCUCCGUGACUCAGCCAGCGCCCGUGACCACUCCAUGACGGAGCUGUACCGCGCACGCCUCGAGGCGGACAAGCUCCGGAGCAGCCUGGCUGAUGCUCAAGCGGAGUGCCAGCGCAUGGAGAGCCAGCUGGACCGCAUGAGGAGCACUGCCCAGAGGGACGUGUCUGUUGGUACCAGUGGAGAGAUGGCACCCAGCAUCGUGGUGGUCUCCGAGGCAGAAGCCGAACUGCAAAGAGAGGUGGAGGAGCUGAAGCUGCGCCUCCACAUGGCGGCAGAGCACUAUAAGGAGAAGUACAGAGAGUGCCAGCGCCUCCGCAGGCAGGUGGCCAAACUCAAUACACCCGAGACACAAGGGGAGUCGAAGAGAAAUGUGUCCACUGAGACAACACAGGAGACGCUGACUUCCAGUCCAGAGUCUCCAACAGGAGGAAACCUUGCAACUAUUGUCCUAACAAUCACGCCAGAGUUCACAACAGAAGAUCCUGCCUGUGAUGACCAUACAAACACGGAGAAGACUCCAGGAGACUGCAAGCAAAAGGAGAAAGCUGCGUUCGGGCCUGAACAAGGUGGGGAACAAAUGGAAGAAAAGCAGGAAAAGAAGGAGGAGGAGAGCCUGAAGAUGACCAGCUGGGUAGAUGUGAAUAACGAGAGACUGAGCGCUGAGGACAACAGCGAGAAGGAAGCCACUUCGAAGCCGGAGGAAGUGAGGGAUGGUGUGGAGGAGCAAGAGCUGAUGGAGGUGGAGGGGAGAGGCAGAGAGGAGGUGGAAAAGCAGCAGACCUGCUCGGUAGAGGCAGACCUGGCAGUGAUGGAGGAGAAGUGGAGGGAGCAGUGUGCCAUUAACGAGACGCUCAAGCAGCGGCUGGCCAAUGAGGAGGAGUGCUUUAGGGUGCACAUGGCUGAAAGAGCUCGCGAGGUGAAGGAACUCAAACGCAACCUCGCCCAGGCGCUGCGAGAAAAGGAGCAACUCCAGGAGAAGCUGCAGCGGUACGUUUCAGUGCAGAAAGGGCAGGAAGCUGCUGUUCAGUGCGCAGAAGUCAGACAGCCGAUGGUGCUGCGCUACCCGCUCCCCUACCCCCAGGACCCCUCCCCUCCACCGCUGGUGCCACAGAGACCCGCUGAGCUCCAGUACGGCAAUCCUUACUCCACUGACACCCCAAGAGACCGAACCGAUGUGUCGCUGUCUCCCGAAUACCUGGCACGGCCUCCACCUGAGGCUCCUCCCUGCACGCCUCCCUGCGCACCUCCGAUCACACCCCCCAGCCCCGGUCCAGGAGUGCCGGGAUGGAGCAGAAGGGUUGUCUGCAUCCAGCCGUCCCGCAGCACAAGUCCUCCAGAGAACAAUGAGCCUCCACCAGCGGAAACCCAGAAGGUGAGCAACGGAGCUCCUCCUUCAUGUGAUCAUCAAUCUAGUCGGCGCAGUGAGGCAAGAAGCAACUUCUGCUUCGACUCCAGUAGUGACGUCCACAAGCGCUGCCCCCUCUGCGAAGUCAUCUUCCCGCCACACUUUGAGCAGCGCAGCUUCGAGCAGCACGUGGAAAGCCACUGGAAGGUUUGCCCCGUCUGCUCCGAGCAGUUCCCCCUCGACUGUCAGCAGUGCCUCUUCGAGAGGCACGUCCUCACACACUUCGACGGCCACGUGCUCAACUUUGACCAGAUCGAAUGAAGGUGGCAGAGCCACGAGUCAGCAGAUUUCAAUUUAGGAUCCGCUGUGUUGUUAAGGUACAAUCAUGGUCACUUCUCUGCAGUCCUAAAGGUCUGAAUGUAGAAGAGUCAUGUAUGUCUGUAUUGAUCCAGGCUUUUGUUUUGAUACAUGAGCUCGUCUUUUAAAACGCAUGCUUAUACGAUGUGACUGCAAGUGGAAAACCACAGAAUUCCCUCCCGUUCUUGAAGGAAUAUUAAGAAGUUACUCUAAGAAAAGAAGAAGCAAUGUAUUUUCUGUGUCCUUAGCCUAUCCUGAACAUGUGUAAAUGAUAAAGCAGCCAUACAAGUAUAUAUUUUCUUUGAUUUAGUCACAGAAUUCAAAGCUUAAGUGAAGUUUGAGCUGCUUUAACUCACCUGAAUGUGUACAUAAAACUAUAGAAUCAUAUGAAGAUUUUCUUCUGUCCUGUUGUGCGCGAGUGUUUUGCAAAGAUGUCAGAUGACGUAAAACAAAAACAGCACCACAUUUAUAUGUAUCUGCACUAAAAAAAGGCUUUACUCUGAAUGUACUGUACAUAAAUGACACAUUAAAAAAAGUGGACAGAAGUGUGAAUAGCUGUCGUAAAGCAGGUACCGUUACCUCCAUCAUGUUUAGGGGACCUUUCACUUCCUGUGGUGCACUUUUUUUCAUUUUGAUCAAGCAGAAUUGCUGAUGCGUCAGGUUAUAGGAUGAAUUGCAGGGUGUUGAGUUCCAAUUUGAACCUUUUUAAAAUAAUAACUGUGAAGAAGUUGCUGCUUUGUGCAGGUUUGUUAGAUCCUUAUGACUGAUAGAAAUAUAUUUUCUUUGAGCUUUACAACACAUCCUGUUCACUUACAACGUAUCUGGAGCAUGACAUUCAAAAAAAAUGUUUUCCUCAAAGUAGUAUUUUGUGUGCACAAAUACGGAUUUUGUGGGUACAAAUUAAUAUUUUGUGAACACAUAUUAGUAGUUGAACAUAUUGAAUAUAUUAAAAUACUAAUUUGUUUUCACAAAAUACUAAUUUUUACCGACAAAAUCCUUAUUUGUGCCCUAAAAAUGCUCAUUUUUCCCCAUGAAAUGCUAGUUUGUAGAUACAAAAUGCUAAUUUUCCUGCUCAAAAUUCUGAUUUGUGAUAGUUUGUACACAUGAAUAGCUAUUUGUACACACGAAAUGCUAAUUUUUCCCCACGAAAUACUUGUUUGUACACACGAAAUGCUAAUUUUCCCCCAUGUAAUGCUAGUUUAUACUCAGAAAUUGCUUAUUUUACUGCACAAAAUGCUCAUUUGCACACAACAAAUGCAGAUUUUUCUCCCCACGAUGUGCUAUUUUGUACACACAAAAUGCUCAUUGGUGCCCACCAAAUGCUCAUUAGUGUGCAGCACUAAUUAAUUCAUUUGAGGUAUCCAAUUUUUUUAUGUCAUGUCCAGGGCUCCGUAACCCCCCCUCACCUCUGUUACAGUGUUGUGUCAGGCUUGAAUGUCUGCACAUGCUCAGUCAUAUCAAGGCAAACAAAUCUGUGUCCUUUCAGCCUGUUUCGUGGAAGAAUGACGGGAAAAUGUAUACAAAAAAACAUCUUUAUGAAUAAAUUAAGCUAGUCUACAUG